AUGGCGGUAGCCAGGCGAUUGAUGUUCAGCGACUUGACGGUUCGCCAGAAGGUCAAUGGCUUCAAUCAAGUGGUGAUCCCUAAGCUGAAGUAUGCCUUCUCGUGCGUGGUGUUCGGGGCUGGCAAACUAGGUACAUUGAAGAAACGAGCAAAUCGUUUCGAUGCUGACAUUCGCAAAGUUAUGGAAGAGUCUGGUCUCAGAUUCCGAGGUAACUGCGCGGCAAGGCUAUAUGUGGAAAAAGAGACUGGUGGAUUAGGCCUGAAGUCGGUUGAAGAGGAACUAGAGAAAAGCAUCACUUACACAUGGUGCUAUCUAGCCUCGAAUACUGAUCUUCUGGUACCCUAUCAGCUCUCGGAAAGUCUCCGCUCGAGUAAUAAGAGAUCAUUGACCUCUGAUUUCCAGAAAGUGCUUUGCACCAAUGGAAUCGAGGGAAAGGUCCAGCGAACAACUAUCGCCACUAUUAAGGUCGAUGGCCAAACGUUCUUCAAUGUGACUGAAGCAGCUCGUGCUGUGGCUAAGCUAAUCCGUGCCCGGUGGUCGAAAGUCCACAUGACGGCGUGGAAAGGCAAGGCUGUGGCCGGCCGCGUCAUCCAUGGGAGACGACUAGGUGAUGACGAGCCCAAUGGACUAUGCCUCAAGGAUUCGUUCUUGUGGUCGGCCAGAGGGUGGGUCUCAUCGAAAGUCCUAAGGAACGUCUGGGCCGUUCAAGAAGGAUCUUUGCUUACACGAUGCAGUGCGGCCGGCAGGGCAUGUAUGCCUGGGUCAACCCGGGUCUGUCGAAUGCACUGCGCUCCUGAUGCCAUGGAAACUGCAGAGCACAUAGUGUCUUCUUGCAGCCAUUGGCGUACUAACAUCAUGGUGGAACGCCACGAUGAUGUAGCUCGAGUUCUUUAUGCCUCAAUCAGACGCAAAUACAACAUCAACAACGUUGUAAACACACACGUCCCUCAUGUAUUGGAUUUAGGGACAGUCGUGAUUCACUGGAAUGACUCCAUCUGGACCUCUGAAGGUCUUGCGCACAACAAACCAGACAUUCUUGUCUGGGACAGACUAAUCAAUCGUCUGUGGAUUAUUGAGAUCUCGGUCUCAUGGUUCACGCGCAUCCUCCAGCAGGAAAAGAGGAAGCUUGGAAAAUAUGGGAUUAACAGCACUCUGCCCGAAAACACGCCGGUAGACGGGUUCUUACCUGGCACAAGUCUGAAGUCGGUCCUUCAGAAAGAUCGAAAAUGCAGAGUUGACGUUAUUCCCAUAGUGCUGGGUACCUGUGGUGAGGUCUCACCCAACCUAAGGCACUACAUACAAGCUCUGGAGCUUCCUGAAGACACAGGUGUCUUGAUUGAAAAGCUUGAACGGAGCGCAGUACAGGGAACGAACAGAUUGGUCAAAUGUCAUCUGGCCAAUAGUUAA